UUGCAGAAGGAAUGGGAGAAGGAGCAGGAUAAGGCUUUUUUGGUGUUAAAGAUGGUGUUGAUCUCACAACCAGUACUCUAUGGCCCACAGUUUGAUGGCACACUAUUUAUUGUGACAAUGGAUGGUUUGAAGAAAGGAAAAGGCAUAAUACUUUCUCAGCAAUUCACCUAUACAUUGAACAGUAAAAUGGUUACAUGGGUGCAUCCAAUUGCUUAUGCAUUGAAAUAG